AUGGCCACUUUUUCUGCCCUUCGUGCCUGCGCGAGACUCAGCACAUCAUUGCAGGGGCCAGCUACUACCCUUCCGAGAACAACCUUUGGAAAUCGAUCAGCAGCAGUAACACUGCACCAGAAAUCGCAGCGUCUGUCUUCCAAUAUGCCCGCCGCACCGCGAUUUGCCGAGGGCGAAGAUGCGGCACACUUGGGUCCUGAUGUGCAAUCCUUGCUUCAACAGCAGGGGUGGGCCCUCGAUGCGGAUGGAAUGGGAAUCACCAAGACCUUUCAUUUUAAGACUUAUUUCAAAGCUGUGUCCUUUCUAAAUCUCAUCGCCUCUGAAAGUGCCGCCAAGAAGCAUCACCCAACCAUGACCGUGCGCAUUGGUUCGGUGGACGUUCACUGGACUACACAUCGUCCUCGUGGUCUCACGAUCAAGGAUGUCACGUUGGCUCGGCAUUGCGAUCAGGGGGCUGUCCUGAUGGGUGCGGUGGAGUCGGGAGAGGGUGCAAAGUGCGGACCGAAGCCUUGA